AUGGCGAUCCGAUCUAGAGUUAUCACCAUGUCUCCUCUCGUUCUCAACCAGGAAGCCGAUCUCGAAAUUGAUCUCGAUCUCUGGGAAGUCGUUAACACCUCCGAUGGCGAGUAUUCCGACGAUUCUUUCUCCGUCGAUAGUCUCUCCGAUGAUGACGUCAUAUCUUUGGACGACGAUUCCUUGGAUUCGCUGGAUGUCGUUUCUCUGCCGCCUGAGAUGCUCCCUGAGGCUGCGCCUGAGAUGCUCCAUGAGGCUGAGGCUGAGGCUGGUGAACUCGCCGCGGAUCUGAACCUCGACGGUGAUGUCGAUGGUGAUGGCGAUCGCGACAAUGUCGUUCCCGAUGAAGUCGUUGAUACCGACCUUGGAUGGGCUCAUCAACGGUUGGUGGUUAUCCGCGGGGGUACUGUUGUUGGUGUUACGUACGGAGAUUAUGUUAAUCGCCGUGGUUGCUGUUAUGAUGACGACGACGAAGAUCACGGUGGUGAUGAUGGAGAGUACGACGAUUCCUAUGAUCUAGACGACGAGCUGGUUCCGCGGAGCGCAUGUAAGAAGCUGGGGAGACAGAGGAUGAGGAAACUGGGGAAAAGAGCAAUCGCCAAGGCCUCAAAGACGUCAAAGACGUCUCCGUAUGCCCACUUGAAAGCUGGUAUCGUUCGCGGUAAGCAUGGCAUCGGUAUGAAAUUCAAGUACUGA